CUCCCUUGCUCGCCCAGCCAGCGGAGGUUCUCCCAUGGUGGCGUUCCCAGCCGCGCCCUCGAGCUCCUUUUCCCUGGUGCGUGGAGCGUCCUCCUUGCUCCUCAGCUGCUUGCUCGCCCUCUGCGCGAUGCUUCCUGCACGCCGCGACCUCCCAGCUCGCCAGCGCCCGACCCCCCCCAACGCCGCUCUCUCGCCGUGGCCUCUCCCUGCGAGGACACCAGCCGAGCGCCCUACCCUGCCCUGCCUUCCACUACCGCGUCUACAAUUUCCCAUUCGUCUUCAGCUCGCGGCGCUCCUCAUCUUCUUCCCCAAGCCGGGACUCCCGUCGUGGAGCUUCCCUGGACCCCAGCUCGGAUCUCCCAUGGCCGUCGCGCGCCCUCCUUCUUGCUCGGCCGGCCGCCCUCCUGCUAGUCGCCCUGCUCGGAGCUCCCUUUGGCGUCUUCCUCCCUGCGUCCAUUGCUUGCUUCCCCUGUUUCUCCUCCCAAUCUGUCGUCUCUGCCUCUAAUUCCUGGCAUCAUUUUCCAAACCCCGCUGCUCCGCUUUCCUCUCUUGUGCUCGCUGUCCCACAGCUCGAAGCCGACGAGGUGGCCUCAGCACACGCGCGCGUAACCAUGGCAGCUGCUCAUAGUGGCACUGUUGCGUAUUCAUAUGAGAAAGUUGAGUUUCUGAAGCUUCAAAAUGGCAGUGAUAUUCGUGGUGUCGCUGUUGUUAGGACUGAAGGUGAGCCAGUCAACCUCACAGAAGAUGUCACUAAAGUUAUAGCUGCAGCUUUUGUUGCAUGGCUAUUAAACAAGAAACCAGAUGGCUUGAGACGUUUAAGAAUCUCUGUUGGACAUGAUUCACGAAUUUCUACACAUGAAUUGCAGAAUGCAGUCACUCAUGGAAUCACUGCUGCUGGACACGAUAUCCUAUAGUUUGGAUUGGCUUCAACACCUGUAAUGUUCAACAGUACACUUAUAGAAGGUGAAGCUCAGUUCAAUGUUCGUCAGGUGUUUGAUCGAAGGCUUCAGUCAGAGACUAUCCUUAUUCUUGCAAAUAUGGAGUCGAGUUGAUUAUGCAGCCCCCUUACUCCUCGUCGUCGAUCCACGCCGCGUCCGCGACGUGCCCGACGAUCCUGAUUAUCUAUCUUUCUGUGCGCACCACUUGCAUUUAGCUCCCAAGCCCCUGUCGUGCUCGACCCUGUAGGUCUUCAACUCGUCGACAUCCUUUGCGUCGUCGAAAAAUCCCGAGAGUUGGAAUAAAGCAGCAAAUCCUAUGUGGUAUAAUAUUUGCU